AUCUUCUUUAUUUACCAAUAAUAUACAAAGUCCUGUUUCCCUGAACACAGGAGGAAUCAAAUAAUGGGAGGCAGUGUCCUGGCUCACAGGUCCAAGAUUCUUUUAGCUGGCACCUCCACCCUAAAUCUCUCUCUAGGCUUCUCCCAGGGCCACAUCACACUUCCAGGCUCUGUCUGUCUCUUUCCUGCUUCUUCCUCACAACACCAACCCUUGAUUAAAGGGUCUGAUCAAAGUCCCUCUGCCCACACUGUAAAUUCCUGAUCUCAUUCACGUAUGCCAUUGCUUUGGGCGAUGACGUACGCUUAAGUGUUCCUCAUGGUUAUAUUAAAUGAAGGGCAGUGGUUAAACCUAUAUAAUUAUUUGCAUGACCGAAGUGCCCACGUGUGUUUAUCUGUCCAGGUGCUUAUAUAAGCUCUCCAUCACUGAAGUAGCUGAGCAAAUGGUCACCCAGACAUCUAAUUGGACUUUGCAUGCACAAUCACUGUGAAUGCCCAGGGGACUUGUGCACACAAUAAAAUUUGGUCCCGUGUUUUCAAAGCACUGUGCAAAUAUUGGGCUAGAUUUGCUUCUGCUUGAAGGCCCCUGCUGCAGGGGAGCCCUCUCAGGAGUAGAGGAGGCACAAGAGAGCAAGCGGCCCUCAUACCUGUUGUGCCCAGAGCCAUCUGGUGCAGCCGUAAAGUGGGGCGGGGUCAGCUAGGGGAGGGGACAGAGCCAAGGAAGGCCCCUGGCAGAGGUGCUCCCUGGGUCGAUUUGGUGGGAUUCUAAUGGGGCUCCUCCCCUGGCUGGACACUACUUGCCCUCCUGUAGGGUGAAUCUCACCUCUGGUGCAGCUCACACAUGGGGACAAGGAGCGUACAUUGCAGCCCCCGUGGGCCCAGCCAUGAAUCAAGCCCACUAGCUAACACAUACGAGCCCAGCCCUGAAUCUCUUACUCAGCUUUGACUCCCUCCUUCCUCAGCCAAAAUACCCAUGAGAAUUUUGCCUGGGUAAAAAUGGCCCUGUAACUGUAGACCCAGACAUAGAGGUCCCUAUGCCCGUUAACCCCACGCAUGCGCUCGCUCUUGGAGCAGCGCAGCUCUGGGGAAUACUAGCUACUUCCCAGGUCUGACUGCUCCUCUGUACUUGCUAAGCUGAGUGACAUGCCUGUCCCCUCCUUUUCUGGUCAUCCUUUUGUGACAGACGUUUCUCCUCUCCUCCUGUCCGCCCCAGAUGCCAGGCAGCCCUGCUUCUUGGCUUCUCGUGUGUCCAGCCCAGCAUAUAACUAAUAGAUCCCCUCCUCAAUUCCAUUUUGCUGUCAUAAUUAAGCUUAUUCUGCCAUAUCCCCUCUUGUUCCCAAGCAGCUCUCCAAAGGGUCUUUGGAGGUUUCUUAUUUGUUCUAAAUCCAAGUAUCUCUCUCUCUGCUCCCAGAAUGUGCGGAGGAGAAUUUAAACAGGGACUGAGGGUGUUAAAACCACAAUGUUUCUCUUUAAAGCGAGUCUGCCACCAUGGGGCAAGAUGCUCAUGCAUGAGUCACACCCAAAUGCUAAGCAAGAUCACAGCUCCUUGGAAUACAGAGCACUGGUGGGAUCUGCGAAUCUAUUGCUCUGAAAGUGCAGGUGGCAAUAUGUGGGUAGCCCCCAGAUGCUGCUCUUGUUCUGUUUUGCAUAACUAUCCAAGAGAUCUGCCCUCAAACAAAGGGAUUUGCCAUCUCCUGCUAGAUCCUGCAGUGAUGUCCUCUUGCCAGGCUGGUGACAUUAUAGUCAUUUCCAUGGCAACACACUGUGAUAUCACAAAUGCAGGCGGUUGACCUCAUGACAGGGUCCAGUAGAAGGAAACCCCCUUGGUGCUAAUCUGCCACCCAAAGAAGGGUUGUUAUUUAUUGGGUAACGAAACACGCAGACCUGCCACUCCACUGUUUGAUGGAACCCACCCUUCUGGUCCCCCAGCACAGCCGUGUGUCUGCACGGGAGCCUGCUGUUUGUUUAGGGCAGAGAGAUGAUUUUUUCCAUGCAGUGCCAAGCAUGCUGUCAGCACGCAACAGAUACAUAACAAGAAGCAUGAGAAGCUGCGUUCCAGAGGCUGGGAGGAAAAUAGGAGUGGCUCUCCUUAAAAAUAUUGACAGAUGUAACGAAUAAUAAAAUGAUGUUGCCGAUCUCUAGCCUCUUCAAUAUCUGGAUCUCAAAGCUUCUCUCGAACAGGAAUGAACAAAGCCUCCCGCCUCUCUGAGGUGAGUCACGAUCAUUAUCCUUUUACAGAUGGGGAAACUGAGGCACGGAGGGAGUCUGAGCAAAACUUUCAAUCCCGGGUGCCUGAAGUUAGGCACCUCAAUUUGUACUGAGGGACUGAAAUAUGUGACCUGAUUUUCAGCAGUGUUGAGUCCUGACAGCGCCCACUGAAGCCAGUGAGAAUCGGGUCACUUUUAUUUAGCUGCCUAACUAUGGAUUUAGGGGUCUAUCUUUAGUAGGGUGGCCAGAUGUCCCGAUUUUAUAGGGACAGUCCCAAUAUUUGGGGCUUUUUCUUAUAUAGGUGCCAAUUAUCACACACCCCCAUCUCAAUUUUUCACACUUACUAUCUGGUCACCCUAAUCUUUAGGUAUCCAAGUCUGAACAUUUUGGCUUGAGUAUCUUGCUCCAGGCCGCACAGAGGGUCGGGGACAGAGGAAGAACUCAGUUCUCCCAACUUUCAGCCUUAGCUAUGAGACCAUCCUUCCUCCCACUCACAAAGCCAUUACAGCAAAUGGACACCAGUACAACUGCCACUGAUCACAGGCCCUAGAGAUGGGAAAGCCCCGUUAGGUCCCAUCUUGUCCAUCUGCAGAACCCGGUAGGAUCCUUCCCUCUAGGCUACUUACUAGAGCUUUUUGUCCAGACUAGGACAACAAACAAAUGCCUCAAGAGUGUCCAGCGCCGAGCACGAUGGGCGACUGGGCCUCUAGGCGCUAAGAAAUAACAGGGAUGCUAUUGAAGUUUGAUCCCGGCUGACAGCCCCACUUCAACUGCAUCGCUGAUAUGCUGUAUUAACUCUGGGAUCUGAAUGGCAACCCCAGCCCCCUUGUGUGGGUUGCACGAAUUGCUGGGAAUCCUUCUUGAAAGAUACAGGUCAAGCUGCAGCCUCUCUCUCCCCCUUGCUCUUCCUGCUGGCCAGGUUUGAUCGCACGUAGGUGCGGUGCGUUUGUCCGCCGGCUGCUAAGCUGCCUCCCUCCCCGAUCACGCUGCUUCGCUUCAGUAAACAGCCAAGACUUCCAGUGUUUCCCCCCCCCCCCCCCAGGACUAAGCAGCGAGUCCCUCUCCCUGGCAGCGACCCCUCUGAGAUACCUGGAGUGAUUCACCUGUAAUUCCUCUCCCCUUCCCCACCGCCCGCCUGCAGCCCGGCUCCUUUAUCACCGUGUUCUCUGUGCGGAGGAGCAGAAAGAAGAAACUAAAAAAAAAAAAAAAAAAAAGCAAGUAAAAAAGCGCUGCGGAAAAGCAGAGCAAAUUAAGCAGAGCCCUGAUCCGCUUGCGUUUGUGCUUGCCAAAAAUGCACCAUGCAUCUUAAUUCGCUCUGCUGUUCAGCUCUCACACACUGCUCUCCUGGUGCCAUUUCGGCGCUCUCAGCUCAGCCUUUUCAACACUUCAUUCUUCUUCUUGGGGGGGGGGGUCUGUGUGUGUCUGUGUGUGUGUGAUGGCAGAAUCUGCCGCCGCUGGUGCAAGGGAGCGAAAGCGAUCCCCCCCCCCCCGGCAGUUCCAAGCGAUCCGCUGGGGUCCCCGUUGCAUUUUUUCCAGCCGCCUCUAUUUUGGCGGGGGUGCAUUUUCUAGAAAGUGCUUCUUGGGCGCUCUCCCGUCUAUUUUACACCCAUCCCUGGGAGCUGCCUUUUAUCUCUCCGGGAUCCUUAGCAAAUAGAUGCGUACCCGGAAUCCACGCUGGGGUUAGGCUCCUCUCUUUCAGUGCACGUCUUUCCUGCUGGCUGUCCGGAUUGCAGCAAAACAUAAAAUAAAAAGGAGAGAAAGAAAGUAAAAGCAGCGGAAGACAAUCUCCCCUCCCCCUCUUCUCAAUUGCAAUCCCAACUGGAACUUUUACUCUUCUAGCCGGGAUGCCUUUCCUCAUCUCCAGUCCUCAGCUUUGAUCCCAGCCUCUUUUUUUAAGUGGAAGGGAGUGGGGGAUCCUUUUUAUUGCAGAGAGGGAAACACGCCGAGACGGGAUUUCUUUGCAGGCACUUGUGCAAUCUAGCUCUACAGAUACAUAUAUAUUUUUGCACGCAUCUCCUGCUGCAGCAGAUCCAGCCAGCAUGGGGGAGGGGAUGGGGAGGGUGCACCCUCCUCUCCUGAUCCUCUCUUCUGCCUCUGUGUGGGUUUUUUUGCAGAAGCAGCAGUCGGAGAUGGAUGUCUCUCUUUGCCCUACCAAGUGCAGUUUCUGGAGGGUAUUUUUGUUCUGGAGCAUUUGGGGAGACUAUCUGCUUUCGGUGCUGGCUUGCCCUGCGAAUUGCCUUUGCAGCAAGACAGACAUCAAUUGCAAGAAGCCGGAUGAUGGGAACCUCUUCCCUCUCUUGGAAGGGCAGGAUUCAGGCACCAGCAAUGGGAACACCAGCAUCAACAUCACUGACAUCUCAAGGAACAUCACUUCAAUACACAUAGAGAACUGGAAGAACUUGCAGACGCUGAACGCUGUAGACAUGGAGCUGUACACGGGACUCCAGAGGCUGACAAUCAAGAACUCAGGACUUCGCAGCAUCCAGCCGCGAGCCUUUGCCAAGAACCCUCAUCUGCGCUACAUAAACCUCUCCGAUAACCGGCUUACCACACUGUCAUGGCAACUCUUCCAGACACUGAGACUUUCUGAACUGACACUCGAAAGAAACCUUUUUAACUGCAGCUGUGACAUCCGCUGGAUUCAGCUCUGGCAGGAGAAAGGUGAAGCAAAUCUGCAGAAACAAGAACUGUACUGCAUGAACAUGGAGGCUGCUGUCAUUCCCCUGCAGGAGAUGAACAUCACCCAGUGUGAUCUGCCUGAGAUCAGUGUCAGCCAUAUUAACCUGACUGUGCGGGAAGGCGAGAAUGCGGUGAUCACGUGCAAUGGCUCAGGCUCGCCGCUGCCUGACGUAGACUGGACAGUUGCCGAUCUGCACUCCAUCACUACUCAUCAGACGAACCUCAACUGGACUAACGUUCAUGCCAUCAAUUUGACCCUGGUGAAUGUCACCAGUGAGGAUAAUGGGUUCCUCCUGACAUGUAUUGCUGAGAACGUCGUGGGAAUGACCAAUGCCAGUGUGCUGCUCACGGUCUACUAUCCGCCACGCAUUCAGAGCCUGGAGGAGCCAGAGCUGCGUCUGGAGCACUGCAUUGAGUUUGUGGUGCAUGGGAACCCGGUGCCCAGCCUUCACUGGCUGCACAAUGGUCAGGUCCUCAGGGAGACUGAGAUCAUCCGCAUGGAGUUCUACCAGCAGGGUGAAGUGUCUGAGGGCUGUCUACUCUUCAACAAGCCCACUCACUACAACAAUGGCAACUACACCCUCGUGGCCAUCAACCAGCUGGGGACAGCCAACCAGACCAUCAAAGGGCACUUCCUCGAGAAGCCCUUUCCAGAGAGUACGGAUAACUUUGUGUCAAUUGGUGACUAUGAAGUGAGCCCCACCCCACCUAUCACUGUGACCCACAAACCAGAGGAGGAUACAUUUGGGGUAUCCAUAGCAGUUGGGCUUGCAGCUUUCGCUUGUGUCCUCUUGGUGGUGCUCUUUAUUAUGAUCAACAAGUACGGUCGAAGGUCCAAGUUUGGGAUGAAAGGUCCCGUGGCAGUGAUCAGCGGGGAGGAGGAUUCUGCCAGCCCCCUCCAUCAUAUCAACCAUGGCAUCACCACACCCUCGUCGCUGGAUGCUGGCCCGGACACGGUGGUGAUCGGCAUGACCCGUAUCCCUGUCAUCGAGAAUCCCCAGUACUUCAGGCAGGGCCACAACUGCCACAAGCCAGACACAUAUGUUCAGCACAUUAAGAGGAGAGACAUCGUUCUGAAGAGGGAACUGGGAGAAGGUGCCUUUGGGAAGGUGUUCUUGGCCGAGUGCUACAAUCUUAGCCCCACCAAGGACAAGAUGCUGGUGGCAGUGAAGGCUCUGAAAGACCCCACUUUGGCGGCCCGCAAGGAUUUCCAGAGGGAGGCAGAGCUGCUCACCAACCUGCAGCAUGAGCACAUUGUCAAGUUCUAUGGGGUCUGUGGUGACGGGGACCCUCUCAUCAUGGUCUUUGAAUACAUGAAGCAUGGGGACCUGAAUAAGUUCCUGAGGGCGCAUGGCCCAGAUGCUAUGAUCCUGGUGGAUGGGCAGCCUCGACAGGCCAAGGGGGAGCUGGGGCUGUCCCAGAUGCUGCACAUCGCUAGCCAGAUUGCCUCUGGAAUGGUGUACCUUGCUUCCCAGCACUUCGUCCACAGAGACCUGGCAACCAGGAACUGCUUGGUCGGAGCCAACCUGCUUGUGAAGAUUGGAGACUUUGGGAUGUCAAGAGAUGUCUACAGCACUGAUUACUACAGGGAAGGGCCGCAUCCGAAGGGCCAAUGCAGCGCAGCGUGGCAGCGGCAGAGACUAGCACGACCAGCAGCUAAAACAGGGGUCUCUACCUUAUUCACUACACACCAUACAACAUCUGCAGUGAAAGAGGAAAGGAUGCUGUGGAUACCACCCUCAUUCAUGACACACCAUAUAAUAUCUGCAGUGAAUGAGGUUGGAGGACACACCAUGCUGCCCAUCCGCUGGAUGCCCCCUGAGAGCAUCAUGUACCGGAAGUUCACAACGGAGAGUGACGUGUGGAGCUUUGGGGUGAUCCUCUGGGAGAUCUUCACAUAUGGGAAGCAGCCCUGGUUCCAGCUCUCAAACACAGAGGUCAUCGAGUGCAUCACCCAAGGCCGAGUCUUGGAGAGGCCUCGAGUUUGUCCCAAGGAGGUUUAUGACAUCAUGUUGGGCUGCUGGCAGAGGGAACCUCAGCAGCGGCUCAACAUCAAGGAAAUCUACAAGAUCCUUCAUGCUCUUGGCAAGGCCACACCAAUCUACCUGGACAUCCUUGGCUAGCAGUGGCCGCUUGUCAAAAGUUCCUGCUCCAGCCUUCCUCCACCCACCCCUACCUCCUCUGCUCCCCACCCCUUUCAGCUCCCAAGCAAACAUCUUCAUAUAAACUCAAGUGCCUGCUACACAUAAAACACUGAAAAACAAAACAAAACAACCUGUAAGGCAGUUUGGCUUAUAUAUAUUUAUAGAUAUAUAGAUAUAGAUAUAUAUACCUUCCACAUCAAUACAGAAAGAAGCUGCUGUUACAGAAACUAUAAGACUUUAAAAAAUAAAA